UUUCAGACACGAUGACGUCAUUGCGAAAGGCAGGGUGGUGUUAGUUCUCAGGUGUGAUGCCAGCUGUUCCUCUAGCUGUGGUUGAGGAGAUCUUGCUGAACCUGCCCGCUCAUCAGGUGGUGCGAGUGUGUCGUCUGGUGUGUCCUGAGUGGAAAGAGCUGGUGGACAGUGCUGCACACUGGAGAGAGCGCUGUCGGAGAGAGGGGAUUCAGCCCUGUGAUGCUUCCAGACCCCCAAAGAACUGGUGUCAGUUUUACUUUAUAACUAAGAAACGACGUAACCUGAUCAAGAAUCCAGCAGCUGAUGAUGAAUUUCAAGGAUGGGAGAUUUUAGAGAAUGGAGGUAAUGGCUGGGAAAUAGAAAAUAAUAGAAAACCAUUUCCAGACAACACAGUCACCAAAUGUUUCACAACAUCUUGUUGGUUAUGUUUGAAGCAACAGCUGAUUGAUUUGGAAAAAGAAGGCUACAAUGCUGCUUUCAUGGAUCAACUGCAACCUCACAUCAAAAUAUCAGACUGCUUCGUCCCUUAUGUUUUACGUGGCGGAUACCCUUCCAGCCACAACCCAGUCCUGGGAAACACCCAUACACUCACAUUCACACACUUACACACUAGGGCCAAUUUUGUUAAUCCAAUUCACCAUAUCUUUGGGCUGUGGGGUAAGCCAGAGCACUCCCCAUGGAAACUCAUGUGAACAUGGGGAGAACAUUCAAACUCCGCAUAGAAAUGCUGACUGGCUCAGCCGUGACUCGAACCAGCUGUGAGGUAACAGUGCUAACCACUCAGCUUCAGUGCUGCCCCUAAUCUGGUUCAUGCAACAUAGGCUCAUCCUGAAAAUGUAGCCCUGUAUACAUUUCUGGAGGUCACGAAUUAUGUAGCCUGAAGUACUUUUAGCUGCAUUGGGUCUUUUUAAAAAUAAACAUUACAGAGUGGUAUAUCGCUGUUCCUUUUUGCGCUUAACAGCUGACUGCUUAGUUCCAUAUGGACGGCUUUCCAGCUGUUAUCAGUUUGUCCGACGAGGUUCGAGUCUGGUGAAGAAUGGUUUCAGAAAACACGUAAAAUGAAAACAGAAUCCAAAAAAUAAAAUAAGCACAUAAAUAACAGGGUGAGGAUGUGGUGACAUCUGAAACAUUGUAUAAAUCAGGCGAGGACUUUUGUUUUCUGGGUUGCUUUUUAAAACUGACGGGUGGUUUUAGGGAAGUGGGUGGGCAGGUCAAUCUAUGCUUUUGAAAACACUAUUGGUUGGGUUUAGGGAAGGCCUCUGGUGGAUUCGCGAAAAUAAAAACUGCUAUAAAACGUAGCUCCUGGGAAGUAUUUGGCACUCUCCAGAAAUGUACAUAGCAGUAUGUUUUCACUAUGAGCCAGAGUUGGGUUCAUACUACCAUGAUAAUAAGGCUUAAAUGAUUUAACAUAUCUUUGACUUAUGCAGGAUUGCUGUAAGAUGCAAUGAUGAUGUAAACUCCCAUGAAUUCACACUCAGUCAUGCUUCAUCAAACUAUGUAAUCAA